GGGGCAGGGGUUUUCAACCUAUUGGAUUGAGAUAUUAGGAAUCAGGUCAAGGCAGAGGGGCUGAAGCUCUGCCUCAGGAGGAGGAGAAGGUGAAGGUGAUGAAGGAAAGAGUCCCAGAAUGGACACCUGGAGGCCUGAAUUCCAGGAUUCCAGCCCCAGCUCUGCCCCGACCCAUCCCUUCACAGGUGGAGCCCCAGGUUGGCCGCAGAGAGAGCAUCAUGGAGGCCCGAAAACGGGACAUGGAACUGCUUAGCAACAGUUUAGCAGCCUACGCCCACAUCCGAGAUCACCCAGAGAGCUUCGGUCUCUACUUUGUCCUGGGCGUCUGCUUUGGCCUAUUGCUGACCCUCUGCCUGCUGGUCAUCCGUAUAUCCUGCCACCCCUACACCCGCCCCCAGCCCCCAGCCCGCCGGGACCCCCGCGCCGUCCCCCGGGCCCAGCAGCGGCAGGAGGACGACGACGACGACGAGGAAGAAGAGGAGGAGGAGGACACGCUGACCCGUCUGGGACCGGAUGAGACUCUGCCCAUCACAGAGCUGACCCCGGAGUCCGGCCCGGACGGGGGGCUCAGUGUGAACGUUUUCGCCUCGGCAGAGGAGCUGGAACGGGCCCAGCGGCUGGAAGAGCGAGAACGGAUCCUCCGGGAGAUCUGGCGGACUGGGCAGCCGGACCUCCUGGGCACGGGCACGGGCACCAUCGGACGCGUCCACUAUUACUGAUCGCCCGUCCAGCCAUGCCCGCUGGGAGCUCGUGUGCAAGGGAGUGCUCAGCUGGGGCACAGGGAGCUGGCAAGUGGCAGCUCUUGGGGUCCCCCUUUCUCCUUGACCCUAAAUUGACUCAUAAAGGGGGGAGCUGCUGACUAAGGCAUCGACCCUUUACAUGGUGCUACUAUCUCCCCCCUCCCCAAACUCCCGUUCCAUGACUCGGACGAUGGGGCAAGGACCUGGGCCUGCCUUGGACCUCCUCUGGUGCUCUCUGCCCUGUGUUUCCCCAGGUCUUGGGUCUCUCACCCCUUGGGGGCAGAACCAGGGGUAGGGGCUUGGGGACAGGGAAGG